UAGUACGCAGGUUUGUGUCGUCUUGCACAAACGUCAGUAGUAGAACGGGAACCGAAGCGGAUCAGCGGCCGCAAUGAUGUCGCGAGCCGUACUUUUUAUUAGUGUUUUUACUAUAUUUUUGGAAGUCCUUCACGCUAGCCAGGCGACGAGCGGUGCUGAGCCGCAAGUUGCUGUGCUAUGCGAGGCCGGGUCCACCUACCACCCUCAGUACAUGUCAGCUGCUGGAAGAUGGACCCCCGACCUCACCACGAAGCCCCACAACUGCUUGAAGGAUAAAAUGGAAAUACUUGACUAUUGCAAGAAGGUCUACCCGAGCCACGAUAUCACCAACAUCGUUGAAGCGUCCCAUUACGUGAAGGUCAGCAAUUGGUGUAAGCUGGGUACCAACAAUGCCGCUAAAUGCAAGGUCACUAGAUGGGUCAAGCCAUUCCGCUGUCUCGAAGGUCCAUUCCAAUCGGAUGCGCUGCUCGUCCCCGAGAGCUGCCUGUUCGACCACAUCCACAACCAGAGCCGAUGCUGGCAGUUCUCUCGCUGGAACGCUACAGCCGGCCGCGCCUGCGCCCAGAGAGGACUCCGCCUCAGGACCUUCGCGAUGCUCCUACCCUGCGGAAUCAGCCUGUUCUCUGGAGUCGAAUUCGUAUGCUGCCCUAAACAUUUUAAGGAAAACGUGAAAAUGCACAAACCAAUGGAUGUGGGCGUGCCAGUUAGCCCUGGUGGUGAAGAGAUGCUGGCUGCCUCCGCUGCUAUGGACGAGCGAGAUGAUGAUCUCCUUGACGAUGAAGACACCCUCACUGACGACGAUGACGACACCCUCAACCUCAGCGACGACGAUGACGACGAUGACGCUGAUGACGAUAUGGAUGAAGAUGAAGACGCUGAUCUGACCCGCGAUGAUGACGCCGAAGACGACGAUUACACGGACGGUGAUGACUCCGGCUGGCCGCGACCUGACUCCUCCGCCGCGCCGUCUACCACCACGCCUACCACCACCACCACGACCACCACCACUACGCCGGCUUCCACCGCUACCUCCGACCCCUACUUCUCUCACUUCGACCCUCGCACCGAACACCAGAGCUACAAGGACGCCCAGCAACGACUCGAGGAGACUCACCGCGAGAAGAUUACUAAGGUGAUGCGUGACUGGUCUGAACUAGAGGACCGAUAUCAACAGAUGAUGACCUCUGACCCCGCUGCCGCCCAAAGCUUCCGCCAACGCAUGACCGCCAGGUUCCAAGCCAACAUUCAGGCCCUCGAAGAGGAUGGUGUAUCUGAACGUCGCCGUCUGGCCGCCCUUCAUCAGCAACGAGUGUUAGCUCACCUGGCACAAAGACGCCGCACCGCCCUCUCGUGUUACACACGGUCCCUGAAAGACGCUCCUCCCAAUGCCCACCGCGUCCAGAAGUGUCUUCAGCGUUUGGUCCGCGCCCUCGCCGCCGAGAGAUCAGGAGCGCUGGCCGCCUGGCGCCGUGCUGCUUCAGCCGGCCGUGAAGCCGCUGCCGCUGAACGAGCGAGUGCUGUGGACAGACUGCAGGACGCCGACCGCGCUCUCCAACGGGCGUUAACGUCCCUCCGCCGCCGCCCGCACUUGUACGCUAGCAUCGGAACUGCUAUCGAGGACUACGUUCAGUCCAUGCAGUCCAAGGACGACAUGGCCGUCUCCCUGAUGUCGAUGACUCCUGAGGCUGAGGAGCUUCUUCUGGACCGUAUCGAAGCCGAGGUCCAGAGAGAGCAGGCGGCUCGGGAACAACUCAACGCCAAGAGAGACCAGAGGACCAGGCAGAGGCAGGACAUUGAAAACGAACGUGUCAGGACUUCCAACGGUGUGAAAGAGAGCGAAGAGGCUGAUGAUGAAGCCAGUGAAGUCAGCGACACCGAGGACACCACCACCGUUUCUACGACGCAGAGCUCCCCCUCCCCCUCUCCCUCUCCCUCACCGCCGGCCACGCCCACCGUCCGUGACGUCACCACCAGAUCAGCCUUCACCCAGGAAACCACAACCACGGAGAUCAUGACCAGUACGAUGACGGACGCCCCCGAGAUAGACACGGAGACCAGCGAAGUGGUGGAGACGACCAGCAGGAGACCAACCAGCGAAUCCGAGGGGUCGGGGCUCCGCGCGGCGCUGGAGCAGGCCGAGGAGCGUGCGCCCCCGCCGCCCGCACACGCCCUCAAACAUGAACUACAACACUCACAGCCCGGCUAUACAAUCCGCGGUCCGUCGCCGUCCCCGGGCUCGGGUGCUCUGUACCCGGCCCUGUGUGUGGGUGGAGCGGCGCUGGCGGCCGCAGCAGCUGUCGCGCUCGCUGUGGCACGACGACGUGACCGCGCUCCAUCCGCUCAAGGAUUCGUACAGGUGGAGCAGACCGGCGCCGUGGCUCCGACUCCUGAAGAGCGACACGUCGCCAACAUGCAGAUCAAUGGUUACGAAAACCCAACCUACAAAUACUUCGAGGUCAAGGAGUAAAUGCCGUCUCCCUCCCACCUACCACCAGGCCUGCCUUCCUCUCUCUUUCUCACUUCAGGAAAAGUAGGCAAUGGCAAGUGCUUAGGGAUUAUCGAUUUCAUUGACAUUCCGCUUGCCGAGUCCCUUAAGUCUUUUUGAGACGCGAAAGCACAACUAGGCAUCUAGUGUAAUUAAUAAAAAAAACAACGCCAACUAGUUUUGUACGUAAUAACUAGCUUAUGACUGAGAACAGCGCCAUCUAGUUUGAAGCAUAAUAACUAGUCUACGACUAGGAACAACGCCAUCUAGUAUACGACUAACAUAUUAAUAUGUCACUCUAAAGGACGCUGUAAGGGACGGCAUAACUUUUCAAUAUUUGUUAUUGAUCGUGUCGUGUGCUAGUUACCCCAUCCCCCGUAGUAAGGGUGGUACCCUCUCCCUAUAUCUAUGUCCUUGAGUAAUUAAUUCUUUAUGGAAUGAAUGUGUGUGACGAUUUAUCGUAUCUAUAUAUGAAUUGCAAUGCAAGCCUGGUGGUUCUCAAUAUUCAUCAUUAAUAAUAAAGCUUGUGUGAUUAGUCGAGAUAUUUUUUUGCGAGUCUUCGCAAUCAGUCAACAUUUACCUAAAUCGGAUUAGAGUUUAUAUUGUUUUGUAUGUUAUAUUUUAUGUUUGCACCAAAAUAUUUAUUUGUAUUUUAAGUGUAGCUAUAAGUUUCGUCUAGUGUCAUAGAAGUCAUAAGUGUCACCUUGUAGUCGAGUUGUUUAAUUAAGUUGUCAAACCCGCAUCCCUAGUGGUAAGGUACAGUGAACAUAUAUCACUCUCUCUCCCUCUCUUUGUUUUCUCUCUCUCUCUCUCACUCUUCGGUCUCAUGAUAAUGAUCUCACUCUACGUCAUCACUUCGUCAUUAUUUCUUAUACUUCAGGUCCCUGUACGUUGCCACUGGGGCCAGUGGAACAAACGUCCAUGUACGCUGUGUAUUUAAGCUCCGCGUACGAAUUUGAACCUAAAUUACUUACUCUUAAUGCCCGCUUUCUUUUUCUAACGUAGAUAGAACUAAACGUGAAUUUUAUGUAAUAAAAUGCGAAAAUAUAUUUUAAUAAUUAUGUGUACUUAGCGAGGGACGGGCGGCAAAGCCGGCGCGGGUAAACUCUUAGCCUGUAGCGUUCUUCUAGUCAGACAUUUUUUCGAUCUGAAUCCUCGUCUAUGUUUUCUGUUUACCCGCGGGACAAUACUCAUAGUUCCCUGUAAGGAUGAACCGAGUACUCAACGUGCGUCAGCGAGGAGCCUUCCCACGGAGGGAUUUCUGCAGAAGCUUUGUAUUGUCUAGUCAGAAUUGUCGUAAAAAAUCCGUUCAGCGCGCACUUUGGGUACGAGGUAACGCCAGCAGUAAGCUUAGUGGGUGUAUGUACGGUUAUUAUAUAAGUAGAUGUACAAAAGUAAUACAAUAUAUAGAUGUUUUAGCGUCAGAUACAUAUAGUUAUAAAGCAAAAUAUUAUUAUAUAUCGCAUUCGUCCGUUUAAUGUAAGGGCUUGCGCUCAUGUCUAUCCCACGUACCACACUUAAUGUUACGCCGUAGAUAAGAUGUAAUUCUGCCUCAGUAUUAUAUACAUUUAAGCUUUUUCGUUACAUAAGCUAACUAUAUACACUAAUUCUAUUUGUUUACGGGCGUCGUGUCAUCGCUACGUUAAUGGAGUCAUAUCAGAUGUAACACGGCGCUUGGACUUUCUAUUACGACACAAGGAAACGUUCUUUUAGUUCGUAAUGGGUGAUAAGAGAUGGCAGCACUCACUGGUGUCGUAAUAAAAACGCUCCAACCCGCGCCCGCCCGUGGCUUGUACGGCAUUUUCGUAAGUUUAACCACUGUAUAACUUAACUUUUAUCCUGCAUCAAGUAACCGCUGUAUUUUUACUAAUAACUAAGUAACAAGCCGACCAGUUAUUUUUUUAACAAACUCUUUGCUCAAACUCAGCUGUCUCUCAUCGUUAUAAUUCUGUAAUCGAUGUUUUAAUAUAUUCGAUGUUAGUAGAUGUAAUCCCGGUUUCUGUAAUUCGAGAUCACUAUUUCACGUAUUUUCAAAAUAUAAUAAAUGGUUUGGGGUCUUUUGUGUUUCCUGUGCUACAUUUCAUUGUGAGUUUGAAGUUCAAAUCGAUUCAAUAAAUAGGAAUAUUAAAA